CCUGGGAGUCUAGAGAGGCGGGGCAGAGCUGAAGAUCCGGAUCCGGAGCGGCUGAAAGGCGGAAGUGGAGGCCGGAGCCUGGGACACCGCCGGGGGGGAGAGGAGCCCAGUCUGUGGGAGCCCCGGCCCAAGUAACGCUGCUGCCCCGGAGCUGCGUUGGAGGCCUCCCUCCCCAUCAAGUGCCUCUUUGCAUAGCACCGCCCGGCCCCACCUCACUGGUACUACUGCAGAGCAUCGUGCCAUGGCGGGUCGGGGAGGUGCAGCACGACCCAAUGGACCAGCUGCUGGCAACAAGAUCUGUCAGUUUAAGCUGGUCCUCUUGGGGGAGUCUGCAGUGGGCAAAUCCAGCCUAGUCCUUCGCUUUGUCAAGGGACAGUUCCACGAGUACCAGGAGAGCACAAUUGGAGCGGCUUUCCUCACACAGACUGUCUGCUUAGACGAUACAACGGUCAAGUUUGAGAUCUGGGACACAGCUGGACAGGAGCGAUAUCACAGCCUGGCCCCAAUGUACUAUCGGGGUGCCCAAGCAGCCAUUGUGGUCUACGACAUCACCAACACAGAUACAUUUGCACGGGCUAAGAAUUGGGUGAAGGAGUUACAGCGGCAGGCCAGCCCCAACAUCGUGAUUGCACUCGCAGGUAACAAGGCAGACCUGGCCAGCAAGAGAGCCGUGGAGUUCCAGGAAGCACAAGCCUAUGCAGAUGACAACAGUUUGCUGUUCAUGGAGACAUCCGCGAAGACUGCAAUGAACGUGAAUGAAAUUUUCAUGGCAAUAGCCAAGAAGCUUCCCAAGAAUGAGCCCCAGAAUGCAGCUGGUGCUCCAGGGCGGAACAGAGGUGUGGACCUGCAGGAGAGCAACCCAGCCAGCCGGAGCCAGUGCUGCAGCAACUGAGCCCCCACCUGCCAGUGCCCCACUCCUCCACCAGAACGACCCGACUGGGAUCCACUCUAACCAAUCGCACUUAACGACUCGGGCCACCACUGGGGGCAGGGGAAGGGUCCAUCAUGAAUCCUCCGCAUAACUUUGAUCCUAGGCUGGAGGGAGUUAUUCCACCUGCACCUUUCUGUACAAAUACUAAUUCAAUUUUAAGUCUUAAGUCACUUUUUUAAUAUAUAUGAUCUUCUGCUCUUCCCAGUUCCCUCUCUUCUGCUCUCCCACUUGCCCUUUGCUGUUAGUAGCCGAGCUCCCGUGCCCCUCAUUUGUGGGGACAGGGGUGGAGCGGUUGCCCUGCCCUUCCUUCUUGCUGGAGAGCAGACUCGGCAAGAAUGCCCACAUCUUACCUUGCUGGGAGAGCUCUCGGCCUGGGGCAGUGAGCAGGCCCUGGGCUGGGGAAGGGACAGGCAGCUCUUCCCUCGGCUAGCUGUCAUCAGGCUGCAGCCCCCUCCCCACCUAACUCCCAGCUGGGAGAGAAACCGCAGCAUUACUGAAGCAUCAUUGUGACAGCCACACACCCUAUGGCCCAGGACCCCUCCACCCUCGGUCACCCUGACCUCUGGCUCUGAGCCCUGUUCUGACCAAAUCACGAUGAUGAGUAUUUGGGGGUGGGUGGGUAAGGGGGGAGUGGGAGGGGAUGGAACCAACUUUUUCUGUAUUUUGUAUUGUAUGUUUUCUUCAACAUGUAACCAAUCAGUAUCUUGUCAAUAUAGUCAGCCGAUCGAUCGACCUCACACUUGUCUUCCUCGUCUUUCUCCAGCGGUUUAUCAGACCAUGCAUAUCCUCUCUAUUUCUCCUGAAGUUAAUUUAAAAUGAAUCAUCCAAUCUGAUUAAAUGGCCCUGUCCCCUGUGUGUGAGAGGAUGCUGGUGGUCAUGGUAACCAAAAGAAAGAGGCCCUGCUGUUGGCUGCUCUGGUGUAGGAGGACAGUACUCAAACCUGGAGCUGACAGCUGGCUCCCCUCGGCUUGCAUUAAAGGCUGUGCACCCUGUA